AUGGCUGAUAAUACUCGUCUGAAGGAACUAAAUGCUAAGGUGGAGACAUUGUUUACAUUAAUGGACAACAAUGAGCAACGAUUUAAGAUCAUUGAACAAUCCCUCACGGCACUGCCGCUAAUUCAACAAUCCUUAGCUGGGUUGUCCCAAAUGAUGGAAGGCCUACAGCCUCUAAAAUCCCCAAAUGAUGUUCCUGUAUCACAAUCCGUGGUGGAUAAUUCUGCACAGAUAGCAAUUCCGUCAGACUUGGACGGUUUUUCUGUGAAGAACAUUAAAAUAGAUUUUCCAAGAUUUGCAGGCUCUGAUGUGUUGCAAUGGAUCUUUCACGCUGAGCAAUUCUUUGACUAUUAUGGAGUGCCGGAUACUCAUAGAUUACGGAUUGCUUCAGUGCAUUUCGAUGGCCCAGUUAUACCAUGGUUUCAGCGACUCCAAAAAUCAGGUAAAUUGACUUCCUGGAAAAUUCUCACAAAAUCAUUAGAAUGUGCUUAUGGGCCCUCCGCAUUUGAUUGCCCAAGAUACUCAUUAUUUCGCAUGACUCAAGAGGGAUCGGUCUCUCAGUUUUAUGACCAAUUUAUUGCUUUGGCUAAUCGGGUGGAUGGUGUACCCGAAGACAUAUUACUGGACAGCUUUAUCAGUGGCUUAAAAAAGGAAUUGCAAGCUGAAAUUAUUCCUUGCCAUCCUGAAGACAUGGAUCAGGCAAUUUCAUUAGCAAAAUUGUUUGAAGAAAAGCUCCAAUUGGGGAAGAAAUCAACUUACACCAAGAAUUUGUAUAUUCCUGAUACUCGAAUGAAACCUCUUCCAGGCCCAACAACUAUGCUGAAUCAUCCUGCUACUGGAGCUACAGGACAGAAUCUGCAAAGUUUUCCUAAUCCCAAUUCUAGCAAUAGUGUUUCCUCGACACCAACAACAUUUUGUAGGAUCGGAUUCCAAGAGAUGCAGAUUCGAAAAUCUAAAGGGUUAUGUUUUAAUUGUGACAAGAAGUAUUCCCCUACCCACAAGUGUCCUAACAAGAAACUUCUUCUUUUGCAAUGGGAUGAUCAUGACACCGAAAUUUUCGACAGUGAAUUCUUCAUUGAUCCACACCCACCUGAUGUGGUACAUGACCCUGGGCAAGACCGCAACACUGGUAUAGCCGAUACUAAAAUGUCCCUUAACGCUAUGUCUAGUACUGUUGUAUCAGGCACUAUGCGUUUCAAUGGGACUUUGGGUGGCCAGCAUAUUACAAUAUUAUUGGAUGGGGGCAGUGACGACACAUUCAUCCAACCGAGAUUAGUAAAAUUUCUGCAUUUGGAUGUCCUCCCCACCAACCCAUUGAAGGUUCAAGUUCAAGGCUACACCUUAUUGGUUCCUGCUUAUGUCCUUGCAAUUGUCGGUGCUGAUUUAAUUCUGGGAGCUUCUUGGCUGGCACAAUUGGGACCCCAUGUUGUGGAUUAUGAAAAGAAAACUAUUCACUUCUAUCACAAUAAUCAAUUCAUGGUGUUACAGGGAGCCCUGAUGGCGAAACCCGCUUAUACUACGGUGCCUCAAUUGAACAGGUUAUGUUCAACUCAAUCUAUUCGGGAAUGUUACUCUCUUCAGAUAAUCCCAGUUGAUGCUUUGAAUAGUCCUGUGGCCAAUACUGCACCGCAACUCACCUCUGAAAUUCAAUCAGUUAUUACUGCCGAUACGCCGGUUGAGCUGUUUGCAUUAUUAAACAAAUUUCACUUUGUGUUUGCUGUACCUCGCGGGCUACCACCAUCACGAGCUUGUGAUCAUAGGAUACCUCUGUUACCCGAUAGUACACCAGUGAAAGUCAAACCUUAUCAGUAUCCACAUAGUCAGAAGGAAGAAAUUGACAAAAUGGUACAACAAAUGUUAGCGGACGGACUAAUUGCACAUAGUACUAGUCCAUUUUAA